GUACUAACGAUAUAAUAUUAUUAAUAUACCGCGAAUACCGUGAACAAUAACAAUAAUAUUCUACACUUAGGUAUCGCGCGUUAUCACCUCCCGUACCUGAUACAACAAAAACAACAACAACAACAUCGACGACGACGAUACUGAUAUUAUUAUUAUUUUUGUUCUUAAUAACAUUGUCGUCGUUGACACGAUCGCCGAUCAGACCGCCGCCGCCGCCGCCGUCGUCAAUCCGCAGGGUCGUCCGUCCUACUGGGCAACCCUUUGCGCGCGCACGUGUGCGUUUGCGUGUGCGUGCGCGCUUGUACUCGUCGCCACCGCCGCCGACUCGACGUGCUCCUUUCGCUCCGACGACGCGCGGCGCUCGUCGUCACACACGGACACCGAACGUUGACGUUCGGACGUGCACGUUAUCCUCCUCCGCCGUCACUGUCGCCGCUGCGUCCCUCUUCCGACGGAAGCCGGUGGUUGCCGUUAUCCUCUGUCCGGUUGCCGCUCGCUGCAGCCUCUCUUCGCCAUCCGCGCGCGCGAGAUCCUCGUCGUUCUGCUCGCUCGUGCACUUCUAGUACCGAUGGCCGUGCGUACCCCAGCUAAAAAUGACUGUAGCUGCGAGCAGACUAGCUUACAUUUACAUGCUGAAAUCGAAAAUCUAAAACAAAAGCUCUUGGAAAGAGAAAAUCACAUUGUCAACAUGGAAACUAAUUUUCUUUGUGAAGCUGAAAAAUUUCCCCAUGGCGAGUAUGCUGCAUUAACAGAUGAAAUAUUAAUAUGGCAAGACAAAUAUUCUAGAUUAUUAGAAUCACAUAAGAGAGUCCAACGGGUCAACCAAAGUCUUGAAGAUAAAUUAUUGUUACUUGUUGAUAAAACUGAGUCCGAAAAGAAUGUAUUAAACUCAGAAAUCACAAUUAUAUCACAAAAACUGGUUGACCAACAAUUUCAAGUAAAUCAAUUGAACGAUGAAAAUGAGAGGUAUAAAAAUGAUCUUAAUAUUGCUAUUCAAUUACUUCAAUGCAAACCAUCUCAUUUUGUGUCUCAAAAAUAUGAUAAUUUGCCAAGUGAAUUACAAUCCAAAGUUCGAAAUUAUAUUUUUAGCAAACAACGACGAUUGUCAGAUGGUAAUGGUAACAUAGCACAGAAAUCAGAAGGAAAAACUAUAAAAGUACCAAUUCCUACAUUUCCUCCAACGGCAAUGGUUUAUUCAUUGAGUAAUGAUAAAGAUCUAAAGUCAUCAAGAGACACCGAAGAAGGAUCAUCACAACCUGUAAACAGUGUUUCAGCAGCAAUCCUGGCAAAAGUCUUAGAAGAAAGAGUCAAAGAGCGGUUAUCUCAACGACACUGUUCUACUUGUUCAUGUGCUAACAAAACUGGUGACCCUAAUACAGACCAACAAGAAUGUCAUUCACCUCAAACAGAUUCCUCUGAUAAGCGAAUGCGCACCCUCACUAAAUAUAGUAAACGACCAAUGACUGCCAAAAGUUCCGAAUCUCUAGUAUCAGAACCAGAAUUGUCGUCAUAUUUUGAAAACUCUGUAUCUUUAACUGAUUCCUCUGAUAGUGGACUAAAAUUAUCAGCUCGGUCUAGAUUAUGUUCAGUACGCUUGCAAGAAGGCAGUAAUAAUAUAUUGUUAGAUAACGCUGCAACACCAUAUACAGGUCCUAUUCUUUAUAAAAGUCGUUCCUCUAGUGGUGAGUAUGAUGAACCUUUAGUGCACGCACAAAAAUUGGUUGAUCGUAACAUCCAUGCAAACGAACACACACGCAUAAUGAUUUCAGACGAAGAAAUUAUUUAAAAAUUAUACAAUUGGUAAGAAUAUGAGUGUAUGUGAUUUGUUUGACAAUAAUAUUAUAUUAGGUGAUUGUUAAAAUGUAAUGUAUAUUAACCGAAAUAUAAAUAUUAAAUAUACCCUGUUCAAAAUAAAAAACGCAAACCGUGGCAGCAGUCAAGUAACAUCCGUUUGUCCUCCCUACCAAAUCACCAAUCUAUAUACCUGUCGUGUAGUAUUGCCACGCUUCUGCGCACAAGUCGGCCUAUGUUUGCGUUUGUUAUUUUGAACAGAGUAUACAUAGGUUUAUUAUGACGACUUUAUUAUACAUCAUUGUUUAGCGUGAAAAUCUCAUUUGUACUAUUGCUAUGACACAAUUUAAAUUGUCUGAUAUAAUAUAAUGAAUUAAUCAAUUUACCAACAGAAAGAUUAAUUUAAACUAUCCGUAUUUUGAAUCAUGGAAUUCUAACUUUAUUAAAUUAUGUCUAUAUCAAUAAAUAAAACAAAAUAACAAUUAAAUGUUCUUCAUGGAUAUUCACCAAGCAUUUUAAAAACUGAGUAAAACUACUUGUUUAAAUUUUUCUUUAUCUCAAAGUUAGUUGAAAUUACCAUUACAAUAAAACUAUAUCUCAGACUUCUUCUGUUCCAUUUGAGUUUUGACACAACAAGAGUUUACUGUACUUCUAUCAAUAUUUUCAAAAUAAAGAUACACUAAAUAAAUAACUUACAUUAAAAUAGUAGGUUCUUAUUUUAAACACAGAAGUUUGUAUCACCAUCAGGUCUAAUGCAACACAACAAAUCUUAAGAAAUUGAAAAUAUAGUCUUAAAAUAUGUUGAGUAUAAGAAUUUGAGUCAUUUCAUUUUUAAAGGAAAAAUCAAAAAAUGAGGUUAAGUGUGUUAGGUGAAUCAUUGUAAAUCAAAACCAAUUUUUUUUCUGUAAUUCAAUUGUUUUUACCUGACAGAUGCUUUUAUCCAUAAAUUAUUUAAUUUUUAUCUUUUUAAACAUAUUUCAUGCUGAAUGAUGAUGAUGAUACAAUUUUUAUAAUAAAAAUCAGACCACAAAUUUUCACUCAUGUCAUCUAAAUUUUUUGCCAAUUUAUGCCAUCUGGAAAAAAUUAUAAAAUUAUAUAUACAAUAUUAUAAUUAUAAUUACUUUUAUCAACGUAAAAAACAACUAUUAUAACGCUGGAAAAUUGAUUUACAGGUACUGACCAGACUGCAUUACUGUAUUUUAAAAUAUUGGUUUGAUUAUACUAAAGAUAAUAUUAAAACCAAAAAUUACUAUUUUACUCUAUAUUUUAUUUAUUUAGAAGAUAAUAUAUUAUGAUAUGUAAUAUAAUUUUUAUAAAUGACAUUAAAGUGAUUCAUUUAAAAAGUAUAAGACAAA